AUGAAUGAAUUACUAGCAAAAUGGCUCAGAAUUAUGUAAUUGUUGCAUUGGGUUUGGUGGUGUAUGCUUGGACAUGGAUGCAAGGUGCACAUGGUGAGUACUUGAUUGGGGUUGGGAGUUAUGACAUGACUGGUCCAGCUGCUGAUGUGAACAUGAUGGGUUAUGCCAACCCUUUACAGAACACUGCUGGUAUUCAUUUCCGGCUAAGAGCUAGAACUUUCAUUGUGGCCGAGAGCCUUCAAGGCCCUAGGUUUGUUUUUGUCAACCUUGACGCUGGAAUGGCAUCCCAGCUUCUUACUAUAAAGGUGCUUGAAAGACUUAAUUCAAGGUUUGGAAAUUUGUAUACUGAAGAAAAUGUAGCAAUCAGUGGGACUCAUACACAUGCUGGUCCUGGCGGUUACCUGCAAUAUGUGGUUUACUCUGUGACUUCUCUGGGUUUUGUGAAACAAUCCUUUGAUGCCAUUGCGAAUGCAAUAGAACAAAGCAUUAUUCAAGCUCACAACAACCUCAAGCCUGGUUCCAUUUUUAUGAAUACAGGAGAUGUGAAGGAUGCAGGUAUAAACAGGAGUCCAAGUGCAUAUCUGCAAAACCCUGCAGAUGAGAGAGCAAGAUAUCCCACAAAUGUUGACACACAAAUGACCCUUAUGAGGUUUGUGGAUGGAGCAAGUGGUAAAAAUAUUGGAGCAUUCAGCUGGUUUCCAACACAUGGAACCUCCAUGAGCAAUCAAAACAAGCUUAUUAGCGGAGAUAACAAGGGUGUUGCUGCUAGACUCUUUGAAGAUUGGUUUGCUUCUCAAAACAAUUCUACUAACACCAAUUCAACAGUACCAGAUAUUGGACAACUAAUGAAGAAAGCACAAUCAAUUAAGGCCACAAGAGGAAAGGAUUGCAAGAAACUAGCAAGCCAAGCGUCCAAGGUGAGGAAGAAUGAUGGAUCCUUAUUUGUUGGAGCAUUUUGCCAAUCAAAUGUUGGAGAUGUGUCACCAAAUGUUCUAGGAGCAUUUUGCAUCGACAGUGGAAAACCUUGUGACUUCAACCGUUCUUCAUGCCAUGGCAAUGACCAACUUUGUGUAGGCAGGGGACCCGGGUACCCAGACGAAAUAUUAAGCACAAAGAUUAUAGGUGAAAGGCAAUUCAAAACUGCUGUGAAACUGUUUGAGUCUACUUCAGAGGAACUGUCUGGGAAGAUUGACUACCGCCAUGUGUACCUGAACUUCACAGACAUUGAAGUUGAAUUGGACAGCAACAAGGUGGUUAAAACAUGCCCUGCAGCACUUGGUCCUGGUUUUGCAGCAGGCACUACAGAUGGGCCAGGUCUUUUUGGGUUUCAACAAGGUGAUACAAAGAUCAAUCCAUUUUGGAAGAAUGUGAGAGAUUUUCUGACAAAACCAAGUCAAUAUCAAGUGGACUGCCAAAACCCAAAGCCAGUUCUGUUGAGCACCGGCGAAAUGUUUUAUCCUUAUCCUUGGGCGCCAGCAAUUCUUCCAAUCCAAAUCCUAAGGCUGGGAAAGUUGAUCAUUCUUUCUGUACCAGGAGAGUUGACAACAAUGGCUGGCAGAAGGCUAAGGGAGGCAGUGAAGGAGACAUUAAAAUCCAGCAGCAAUGGAGAAUUCGAUGAUGAAACACAUGUGGUUAUAGCAGGACUGACAAAUACUUACUCACAAUAUAUUGCUACUUUUGAAGAGUACCAGCAACAACGGUAUGAGGCUGCUUCAACAUUGUAUGGUCCUCACACAUUAUCAGCAUACAUCCAAGAAUUUAAGAAACUAGCACAAGCAAUGGCUGAAGGAGAGAACAUCACUAUAAAAGGUCCUUCUCCGCCAGAUCUCUCAUCUGUACAAAUAAGCUUCUUACUUGAUCCCCUUGGAGAAUCACCUCCAAAAGGAGUCAAAUUUGGUGACAUAAAGGAAGACGUGGCGUUUCCUAAAAGAGGCUACUUUACUAAGGGAGAUACACCAAGUGCUACAUUCUGGAGUGCCAAUCCAAGAUAUGACCUUCUGACAGAAGGCACAUUUGCUGCAGUGGAGAGGCUUCAAGGGGAAAGAUGGAUUUCUGUAUAUGAUGAUGAUGAUUUAAGCUUGUUUUUCAAGUGGAAAGUAGAUAAUAGUUCCUUGCAUGGGUUAGCUACCAUAGAAUGGGAAAUACCAAAUGAUGCUGUUUCUGGAGUAUACAGAUUAAAACACUUUGGAGCAACUAGGACCACCAUUAUCUCCCCUAUUAAUUACUUUACUGGUGCUUCAAGUGCAUUUGCAGUGCAAUAGGAUAGCAGCUCCGCGUUAUUGAAUAAGUUUUAAUCAAAUACAAAAGGGAAAAGCAAACUUCAAUAUUUUCAUGUUGCAAAUCAUGAUCCAAGGGCUAGGAAUGCAUAAUAAUGUACUCAUUUAUCCAUCCAAAUCACACAUCGAAGACACUCUCCUUUACUCAGUAAAUCAAAAGUUUUAUUGA